UGUGACGUAUACCACUAGAUGUGGCUCAGACGAGGCAUUGUUUUGUGUAUAUGAGUGGCGUGAGUAAGCCAAGUUAUCAGUAGUAGCUUACUCUUCAACUCGCAGUGCAUUUCCUCGCACGAUGUCGAGACCUCCAGGUUUAGGUACCCGGCACUGCCAAGCGCUCAUGACAUUUUCGUCAAUCGUCUUGGAUUUCUCUAUACGCUCUAAUCUCUCCAUAGGCAUUGUGGCAAUGACCGACAAUACGAGACCAAAUCCAAGCCUCCCGGUACUGCCUUGGACUAGCUCCCAAAAGGGUAUCAUUUUGGGUUCCCUCUUCUGGGGAUAUUUCCUGACGACAGCCCCAGGAGGUCAUCUGUCGCGCAAGUGGGGACCCAAGUACUUGAUGUUCGCCGCCAUGUUGGUUUGUGCCGUCAUAAGUAUACUUUGUCCCUUCAUCGCUCUCAACUACGGUUGGUUCGCCUUCAGUCUCAGCAGAGUAGUUCUCGGUCUCGCACAGGGAUUUUUACUCCCUUCAGUACAUACCCACCUUGCGAAGUGGACACCACUACAGGAAAGAAAUAGAACAAUAGCUAUUGUAAUAAGUGGUUCAACUGUAGGAGUAGUAGUGACAAUGCCCAUAGCCGGGUACCUGGCCGCCAGUUCGUGGGGCUGGCCCAGUAUCUUCUAUUGUACCGGACUGUGCGGUGUAUUGUGGUCUGCAGUCUGGCUGUUUGUGGGCGCCGACUCUCCAGAAUCCCACCCUUCCAUCAGCGACAGAGAGCGGGAGUAUAUAAUAACAACUCGCAUCGGAAGUUCUUCACAUAGUCAAACUAUGAAGACUCCAUGGUGGCCUAUUCUUACCUCAAAACCAGUGUGGGCAUUGACAAUAGCUCAUUUCUCUCACAAUUGGGGGAAAUGGACGCUUCUGACAGAACUUUCCAGCUAUCUGAGACAUGUUUAUGGGUACAAUAUAAAAAGUAAUGGUUUGAUAUCAGCACUACCACAUCUAUGCAGUCUAAUCAUGAUGGUAGUAUUCUCAUGGGCAGCAGAUUUUAUAAACUCGAGAGACUUAGUUUCAUUGACUUCAUCUAGGAAGAUUUCAAGUACUAUAGCUCAGUGGGGUGGUGCCAUAGCUCUGUGCGGGUUACCGUUCAUCUCUAGCCCUACAAGUGCAGUAACUCUCCUCACAGUCUCAAUAGCUCUCGGAGCGGCGUCCUACACGGGCAGUCUUCCGAAUCCUUUGGACCUCUCUCCCAACUUCACAGGACUUGUCUUGGGUAUCACUUUCGGGCUUGGCUCACUCUCUGCCAUCCUUGGGCCUUCCUUAACAGGAUUCAUCGUCACUGAUGAGACGAAUCGAGACCAAUGGAUGAAUGCAUUCUACGUUGCGGCAGCUGUUUAUUUUGUUGGCAACGCUGUUUUCAUAUGGUUUGGAUCAGCUGAAGUCCAGUGGUGGAAUGAUGCAGAAAAAGUAGAGGACGAAACCGAACAAUGAAAAACAUUUAAAUAGUUUUAUUAUGGUAAUUUCACCGUUAAGAAAUUGUAGGUUUUUUUAUCACGUACCGAUUUUAUUCCUAACAUAUUCUGUGUCUUCUCAAGCGUGUUUUGUUAUUUUUGCAAAAAAACUUCCAUAUCCAACGUGUGGAGUAAUUCCAAGAUCCUCCUUAUUAUAAUCGUAUAAGAUAUUUAUAGCUGUCCUAACAAUCGUUUGAAUAAAAGACAAAUAAUGAUAAGAUUUUAUUU